CGAUGGCUGGAACCCAGCAGGAGACCCCAGCCCCAGCAGAGGAGCCGCAGCCGCCAGGGGCGCACACCUUGCAGCUGGAUUCGGACAGCAGAGCCGGUCGCCUCUCGUUCUGCACGAAGGUGUGCUAUGGUGUUGGCGGCGUCCCCAACCAGGUGGCCUCCAGCGCCAUAGCGUUUUACCUGCAGCUCUUCCUGCUGGAUGUGGCACAGAUCCCUGCUGCUCAGGUGUCCCUGGUCCUGUUCGGAGGGAAGGUGUCUGGGGCAGCUGCCGACCCCGUGGCUGGCUUCUUCAUCAACAGAAGCAGGAGGACUGGAUCUGGACGGCUCAUGCCCUGGGUGCUGGGCUGCACACCCUUCAUCGCCCUGGCCUACUUCUUCCUCUGGUUCCUGCCCUCUUUCACCCGCCUGCGAGGCCUCUGGUACAUCACCUUCUACUGCCUGUUCCAAGCCCUGGCCACGUCCUUCCAGGUGCCCUACACAGCACUGACCAUGCUGCUGACCCCCUGCCCACGCGAGCGAGACUCCGCCACCGCCUACCGGAUGACCAUGGAGAUGGCCGGCACGCUGCUGGGUGCCGCGGCCCACGGACUCAUCGUGGCGGGCGCCCAUGGGCCGCACAGGUGUGAGGAGGAUGUGCUGCCCGGGCCAGUCCCUGUGUCCCCAGAUGCCACCCGGCUCUACUGUACUGCGGCUGCGGUGGUGGCUGUGCUGUACCCCGUGUGCAGCGGCUUGCUCUACCUGGGGGUGAAGGAGCGGCCAGAGGCAUCCAACCUGGCCUCAGGUCACGGCCUGAGCUUCCUGGCUGGGCUGGGCCUCACGGUGCGGUACCCCCCCUACCUGAAGCUGGUGAUCUCCUUCCUGUUCAUCUCUGCGGCCGUGCAGGUGGAGCAGAGCUACCUGGUCCUGUUCUGCACACACGCCUCCCGGCUGCACGACCAUGGCCAGAGCCUGGUGCUGACCAUCCUGGUCACUGCUGUGCUGAGUACCCCGAUGUGGGAGUGGGUUCUGCAGAGGUUUGGGAAGCGGAUGUCAGCCCUUGGGAUCUGUGUGAUGGUGCCUUUUGCAAUCCUGUUGGCUGCUGUGCCCACAGCGCCUGUGGCCUACGUGGUGGCCGUUGUGUCUGGCCUGAGCAUCGCUGUGUCCUUGCUGCUGCCCUGGUCCAUGCUCCCGGACGUGGUGGAGGACUUCCAGCUGCAGCACCAGCACGGCCCCGGCCUGGAGACCAUCUUCUACUCCUCCUACGUCUUCUUCACCAAGCUCUCGGGUGCAGGCGCGCUGGGCAUCUCCACCCUCAGUCUGGAGUUCGCGGGCUAUGAGGCGGGAGCCUGCCAGCAGGCGGAGCAGGUGGUGGUGACCCUCAAGGUGCUCAUUGGGGCCGUGCCCACCUGCAUGAUCCUCGCGGGCGUGGGCAUCCUCCUGGCAGUUCCCGCCCCAACCCACAAGGCGCCCAGCCAGGAUGCCACCCGCCAGCUGAGCCUCCGGAGGAGGGCCAGCUACAGCCUGGCCUGACGUGGGAGGAGGCCUCAAUGCUGGAACAGCGUCUUCUGGGCUGCAGGCCCCCUGCUUCACGGGGUACACGGGGAGACACAAGGCCACCUCCUGAAAGAACCGGCCCAGGCUCACUUCUCUUUGUCUUGACUUUAGAGGCUGCGAGACAGCUCACUGGGGAAGGUGCACGACGUGCCGUGUGCAAGGCCAUGUCCCAGUGCCCACACUAUCCUGGGGGCACCGACAUUCGGGGGGAAGUGCCAGCAUGGCAGUGUCUCUCCCUCUCAGGCUGAAAAAAUCAGCUGGAGCAGCAAAAUUGAAUGUGUGAGGCCCUGGCCACAUUCCCAAUCUUUUUUUUUUUUUCCCUUUAGAUUAGAUAAAUGUUGAUUUACAGGACAGUUGAGACCACAUCGACCUGAAAUGCUGGGCUCAUUUUUUUGCCUGUUAAACAGACUCUCAGCCAGGCUUGUGCCCUGACAGUCUCUGAGCUGGAAGCAUCCCACUAGUGACCCUUCCUGGGAAAGGGACCUUCCACCCACCCACCCCCCCAGCCUGGCCUGCAGACUCGCCAUGGAAACACCAGGCCCAGCA